AAGCGCUGCACAUGAAAAUGUACGACUGUUAAAAAAAAUGAAAAAGAAGAAAAGCAGGGCGGCGUUCUGCGCAGGAUCGGUGCGCAUUCCCGGAAAAACAAGUGGAACACGUGGGUUGGGUUAUGGAUGAGCUGUACUGCGAAGAGUUUCACGUUAAUAUGGACAAUAUUUCGGCAUUUCUCUCUAUUUUGGAUCAACUUUUAGGAAGAGAGAGCUGUCCAGAUGAGCGUGUGUUUACCUACAAAAAGAGACCAUGAGAGGUCACAGUCACAGAGCUGGACGAACUGCCCGGAAGAGGAGGCAGAAACACGAAAGCAGCGCCCGGUCAGUGUCUCUGUGUCACCAGCCGCAUCAUGUGAAGCUCAGGAAGUUUCUUCACCACAGAGGAUUUUCCUCCACACUGCUUCAGCCAGCUCUCUUCACUGACACAGGCAGAGGACUGCAGACUCUCAGAACUAUUAAGCCCGGUCAGCUGAUUAUUUCUCUGCCGGAGUCGUGCCUCCUCACAACCUCCACCGUUCUGCACAGCUACCUGGGACCGUACAUCAAGAGCUGGAAACCUCGUCUGUCUCCCCUCCUGGCCCUCUGCAUCUUCUUGGUGUGUGAGCGGCACAGAGGAGAGGCCUCUGAUUGGUUCCCUUACAUCAAUGUGCUGCCCACAGUUUACACCUGCCCCGCCUAUUUCAGCGAUGAUGUCAUGGCUCUUUUACCUGCCAGUGUGCGGAGGCGGGCCUUGGAGCAGAGGGAGGCAGUGAAGGAAAUGCACUCCUCCAAUCAGGAGUUUUUCAGGUCCCUGCAGCCGGUUCUGAGUCAGCCCACAGCGGAUGUUUUGACCUAUGAGGCGCUGAGGUGGGCGUGGUGUAGUGUCAACACACGCACCGUCUUCAUGAGCCAUGCUUCAAGCAGCUUCCUGUCAGGACCUGAUAAUUAUGCUUUAGCUCCCUUCCUGGAUCUGCUCAACCAUCGCCCUGACGUGCAGGUAAAAGCAGGUUUUAACGAUGCGACGAGAUGUUAUGAAAUCAGGAGUGUGUCUGGGACUCUGCGCUACCAGCAGGCCUUCAUUAACUACGGUUCCCACGAUAACCAGCAGCUGUUGUUAGAGUACGGAUUUGUCACCACUGCCAAUCCCCACAGUGUGGUCUAUGUGGACACAGAUCUGCUCUGUGAUGUUUUAAGAGGCGACAGAAGUUUGACUCAGAAGAUCAAGUUUCUCAGAGAGAACAGUUUCCUUCAUAAUCUCACUGUGUCCAGUGACGGUCCCAGUUGGAGGCUGAUGACGGCUCUCAGGCUGUUGUCGUUGCCACAAACACUGUACCACCAGUGGAAGGCAGUGUUGCUCGGCCAGCUGGUGUGUGAGGAGAGCGAGCAGUGGAGCGUCCAGAUGGCUAAGAGUCUCUGUCAGCGACUACUGCAAGACACAUGCAGCGCACUAGAUAAGGUCUCACACCUCCUCCAACAAUGUGAGCAGCCAAUUAGGGAGCAGCUAAAUGUGGUCAAGUCACUGCGGCAGGAAGAGAGGUGCAUCCUGGGAAGCUGCCUCGAGGCACUGGAGGAAUCACUCAGACAUAAUGACAGUCCACUUGGUGCUGUGAGCUGACAUCUGAUUGGCCCUCUGAUCUGACAGCUGCUGCAAGAAGCCAAGUGAUUGGCUGAAGCGUUUCCUGAGAAAAGCAAUAGGAUGCUCUGUUACAGGCUCUCAUCAUAAGCAAAAUACUACUACAGAAAGGAUGCAUCUCCAGUUUUAAAUCCGCUAUUUUAUAUAUUUAUUUUUGCUUUAAUUAGUAGUUAGACUUUGUAUUACACAUUUUAUGAAGCCACCAAAUAUCCCAGCUGCUGUUUAUGUUGUAAAUUACAGCUCAAAGGGACAUGUUUUCAAUUUUCAACUCCAUCAUUUUAGUGUUGGAAUCUACUAGAGCAGCUUUGAAUGAUUUAAUAUAAUCCCUGUUUCUGUCAUACUAGGAUUUGGUCCUCAAUUUGAUGUUUUAAGUCUAUUAAAACCCCUUUAAGCCAACUUUCUUCUGAUUGGCUGCCCUUCACAAACAGAUGGAUCUGAAGCAAACAAACAAAAGAUCUGUUGCAUAAUAAAAAAAA